AUGCCGAGUCUCUCGGUGAAGGUAGCCGGAUUUGCUCCCGCUUGUGACGUUGACGGCGCCGCCGUUUGGUUCCGUGCCUCCACGCCGGACGAGCGAGGCCACUCACGCACGCGCAACGCUGUUGAUGAGACCUUGGCCAACGAUCGCACUCUUCAGCAAUCCAAGAUACCCACAAUGGUUUCCAAGGCCGUUCCGGUCGAGACGCAACAUGAGGACAUGAUCCACGACGCGCAGCUCGACUACUACGGCAAGAGGCUUGCGACUGGAUCUUCCGAUAAGACCAUCCGCAUCUUCAACGUCGUCAAGGGCGAGGCUAAGGGAGAGCCCGUUGUCCUCAAGGGGUCUCAUGGGCUCACCCUUCCUUCGGCUCUAUUCUUGCCUCGUGCUCGUGGCGAGGUCCAGGACGGCUGGGAGCGUAUCAAGGAGCACACGCUCCACUCUGCUAGCGUCAACUCCAUCGCGUGGGCUCCCUACGAGCUGGGCCCGAUUCUCGCGUGCGCCUCUAGUGACGGCAAGAUCUCGGUGUUGAGCUUCCAGAACGACGGUUCCACUGAUGCCGUUAUCUUCAACGCCCACGGCUCAGGCGCUAACACGAUCUCGUGGGCUCCGUCAGUACUCGCCUCAUCCUCCGGUCAGAACAAGGCCGCCCAGCCUGGCCAGCAGGUUGUUCCUCAGAAGCGCUUCGUUUCCGGUGGAUCGGACAAUGCCAUUCGCAUCUGGACCUUCGAUGAGACUGCGAAGAAGUGGGUUGAGGAGGAAGAGAUUAAGGGGCACGACAACUGGGUUCGCGACGUUGCCUGGGGACCCAACAUCGGCCUUCCUGGCCAGUACAUCGCUUCGGCGUCGCAGGUGAGUUCCAGGAUGACGCCCAUUGCUCACCAAUAG